UUGGUUGUGGUGAUGUCGCUCGUCUCCGCUCGGCCUCGGCAGUGGUUACCCGGGUCGUUCUGUGGCAGAGUGCUCGUUUGUUAAAGGGGCCUCGAGGGCAGACCAUGAGCCCCGUCCCUUCUCACUCUGGCCUGAUCCUCUCCUCCGGGGACGCGAUUGUGCGACGGGCGGGGCGGUCGCGGGGUCCUGGGCCAGUGCCCCGAACGCGGCAGAAUUUGCCCAAAUUCCUGAUGCCUCAGCGUCACCUCUUCCAGGCGCCCGGUUCCCCCAGGGACAGCUCCAAGCGGUAGGGACAGACACCUGAGGACCCAGCCUCAGGGAUGCUGUCCCUGGGCUUCCAGGCUCCAGCGCCGCAGGACUGAGGCAGACUCCACUGUGAGAAAGAAACCGACCCGAUCUAACCCAGGCCUUUCAUCAGAGCCCAGGAGGGAAGCAGGAAGUGGGACCACGAGGCCCGGGGGUCUUCUAAUUCGUCUGGCCAGGGAGAUCUGAAUUGGGGUGAAGAGCAGAAUCUCCAGAACAAGGAGGAAGUGGUGAUCAUGGAGACAGAUUUGACUGAAAUGCCUGAGAAAAGAGGUGAGAAUUGCGGACGUGUUGAACUUGUGGCGUGAAAGGACGAAAUUUCUGCUCCUGAAGGGAAAACGGUUGGCUCACGGGAGGUGGCUCUUGGCUGGCUGUCUCCAUUGUCUUGGGGAUGGAUGGGCUUUUUAAGUGAGACUGAAGGGCUUGGUAUGGGAGCACCGCCCUUUCCAUGGCAGCUGGACACACAGUGGACUCUUCACAGCUACCCACAAAAUCUCUGUCUUCCCAGGAUUCUCCCCAUUUCCAAGAGAAGAGCACAGAAGAGGGAGAAGUGGCUGCUCUGCGCCUCACGGCCAGAUCCCAGGAAACAGUGACAUUCAAGGAUGUGGCCAUGGACUUUACGCCAGAGGAGUGGGGGAAGCUGGAUCCUGCACAAAGGGAUGUGAUGCUGGAGAACUAUAGGAACCUGGUCUCACUUUGGCUUCCAGUUUCCAAACCUGAGAACUACAACUUGGAGAAUGGAAAAGAACCAUUGAAGCUUGAGAGAAAAACCCCCAAAAGCAGCUAUUCAGACGUGGAGACUAGACCACAGAGCAAGGAUUCAACUUCAGUGCAAGAUUUUUCCAAAGCAGAAUCAUGCAAAGUUGCAAUAAUAGACAGACUGACACGGAAUAGUGUCUAUAACUCCAACUUGGAAGCAGCUCUUGAAUGUGAAAAUUGGUUAGAGAGUCAGCCAGGAAAUCAGGAGAGACAUUUGAGAGAAAUGUUCACUCACAUGAAUUCACUCUCUGAGGAAACAGACCAUGAGCAUCAUGUAUACUGGAAAAGCUUCAAUCAGAAAUCUGUCCUUAUCACUGAAGACAGAGUUCCCAAAGGAUCUUAUGCCUUUCAUACACUUGAAAAAAGGUUGAAACAAAAAUCAAACUUAAUGAAAAAGCAGAAAACUUACAAAGAGAAAAAACCUCAUAAGUGUAAUGAUUGUGGUGAACUCUUCACCUACCAUUCAGUGCUUAUUCGACACCAGAGAGUCCAUACUGGAGAGAAACCCUAUACCUGCAAUGAAUGUGGGAAAUCUUUUAGCCACAGAGCUAAUUUAACUAAACACCAGAGAACUCAUACUAGAAUUCUCUUUGAAUGCAGUGAAUGCAAGAAAACCUUCACAGAAAGCUCAUCCCUUGCAACACAUCAGAGAAUUCACGUUGGAGAGAGACCUUAUGAAUGCAAUGAAUGUGGGAAAGGUUUUAAUCGAAGUACACAUCUUGUGCAGCAUCAGCUGAUUCAUACUGGAGUGAAGCCUUAUGAAUGUAAUGAAUGUGAUAAAGCUUUUAUUCAUUCAUCAGCACUCAUUAAACAUCAAAGAACUCAUACUGGAGAGAAACCUUAUAAAUGUCAAGAAUGUGGGAAAGCCUUUAGCCAUUGCUCAUCCCUAACUAAGCAUCAGAGAGUUCAUACUGGAGAAAAGCCAUAUGAAUGCAGUGAAUGUGGAAAAACUUUUAGUCAGAGCACACAUCUUGUUCAACAUCAGAGAAUUCAUACUGGAGAGAAACCCUAUGAGUGUAAUGAAUGUGGGAAAACCUUCAGCCGGAGCUCCAAUUUUGCUAAACAUCAAAGAAUUCAUAUUGGAAAGAAACCGUACAAAUGUAGUGAGUGUGGAAAAGCCUUCAUUCAUUCAUCAGCUCUUAUUCAACAUCAGAGAACUCAUACCGGAGAGAAACCCUUUAGAUGUAAUGAGUGUGGGAAAAGCUUUAAGUGCAGUUCAUCUCUCAUCAGACAUCAAAGAGUUCACACUGAAGAGCAACCCUGAAAAAUUAAUGUGAAGAAAUGUAAGUUGGUUUUAUCACUAUAUUAAAUACUUGUGUGUUUAGGUGGAAGAUCCAUCCAUAAUAUGCAUGUGAGGACCAAUUCUGUAUGCAUCUAAUUUCAUUUGUGUAAUACAUACUUUUGAGCCAUAGGCAGGUUCCUUAUGUCCAUUAAUUUGAUCAUUAUGACAUGUAGCCAGCAAUUUCAAAAUUUUAAUCUCCAACCUCCCAAAUAGCUAUUUGUGGAAAUUCAAGAAGUCCCUGAGAGUGGGUAGCAGUACAAACGUUGUGAAAUUCAGUUUUCCCCUCUCUUGGUUAUGUCAGAGCUUUGUUGUAAGCCUCUUGCUUUGUAAGGGAAUUCUCAUUGGGUAGGUUAGGCUGAGGGCUUAUAUCCUUAUCAUCAGGAAGACACAAUGUUGUUAUUUAUUACUCUUUGAGUCCCAAGUUGAGAUCUAGAUACACAUAUGGUACAAUUCCUCUAGAGUGUCAUUUCUUUUAUAUUAUCCAUAAAAACCAAAAAGGCCGCGUUGAAAGUCCUUAGCAUUCCCUUCCCCCCUCAACAAGCUGCUGUCUAAUUUGAUGGCUAUAACUAGGCUAUAUAAUAUUUACAGACAAUUCUAAGUUAUGUUCACAUGGAUUAUGUUCAUUGAUUUUUUUUUUUUUUUUUUUUUUUGAGAUGGAGUCUUGCUCUGCAGCCCCAUCUGGAGUGCAGUGGCGCGAUCUCAGCUCACUGCAACCUCCACCUCCCAGGUUCAUGCCAUUCUCCUGUCUCAGCCUCCCGAGUAGCUGGGACUACAGGCACAUGCCACUACACCCGGCUAAUGUUUUUUGUAUUUUUAGUAGAGACAGGGUUUCACUGUGUUAGCCAGGAUGGUCUUGAUCUCCUGACCUCAUGAUCUGCCUGCCUUGGCCUCCCAAAGUGAUGGGAUUACAGGCAUGAGCCACCGCGCCUGGCAUCAUCAUUGAUUUAUAUCAUUGUUAUCCCUCUACUGUGGAGACCUUCUUUCAUUUUCCUUUUCCCUGGGAGUUUAUGUGAAGUAGCAGAUAGGUCAAAAUCUUAACGGUGGUUGUUGAUCAAGUCCCUCCUUUUUUAUCCUUGGCACUGAAUGAAUCCUUGGUUUUCUAUAAUCAAAGGGUCAGGGAGACUUCCUUUGUCUACAUUAUUCAGCUUUCUGUAAGCUAUGCUGUGUCCAUUUGAGAAAAAGCCCUAGGGAUAUUGAGGGUCUGAGAAGUUGAGUGGCUCAGUGUGUUAUUAUAUUUAGGGUCUCAGUAAAGAAGAAUUGAAGCAACUGUGAGACACAGGGCAUACUUCCCUGUAUAAGUGGAAAACAGGUACAGAAAAUAGCUCACAAGAUAGUCCUCAACUGACUUGCUUGAGGAUAAGCAGCUUCCCUUCAUGAAGAAGUUGCCAUUUCUCAGGCCUUCAUAUUUACCUACUUUUUGUUAUUGUCUUCUGUAUUAGUUCAGUCUCACACUGCUAUGAAGAAAUGCCUGAGACUGAACUUAAAAAAGGUUUAAUUGGCUCAUACUUCCAUGGGCUGUACAGGAAGUGCAACUGGGGAGGUCUCAGGGAGCUUUUACUCAUGACAAAAGGCAAAGCCAGAGCAGGUAUCUUCACAGGGCAGGAGCAGGAGGAAGAGAGAGAGGGGAAGUGCUACACACUUUUUAAACAACCAAAUCUCAUGAGAACUCUAUCACGAGACAGCACUAGGGGGAUGGUGCUAAAUCAUUCAUGAGAGACUACCUGCAUGGUCCAGUAACCCUGCACCAGGCCCUACCUCCAACAUUGGGGAUUACAAUUCAACAUGCGAUUUGGGUGGGGAUACAAACCUAAACCAUAUCAUUACUCAAAAAAAAAAAAAAAAAAAAGAAAGAAAACAGGAAAAGGAACUCACCUCUUUUACCAUCUUAGUAUUUAGUACUAAUGGUUUAGAGCAGGAAUUGACAAACUGUGGCCUGGACUCAUCGACCAACUCUGACCCACCACGUUUCUCAGAAGAAAAUUUUAUUGGAACUCAGCCACACUUACUCAUUUACGUGUUGUCCUUGACUGCUUUUGUGUCCAGUGUCAGAGCUGAGUAGCUGCAGUGGAGGUUGUGCCUUUGCGCUUUAAUAUCACAAACAGAGCAGCUUAUAAACACCAGAAAUUUACUUCUCACAGUUUUGGAGACUGGGAAGUCCAAGAUCAAGAUGUCAACAUAUUUAGGGUAUAGGGGAGGUCUGCUUCUUGGUUAAUAGAAAGCACCUUUCACCGUGUCUUCACGUGAUAGAAGGGGAGAGUUCUGGUAUCUUCAGCCCCUUAUAAGGGCACUAAUCCCAUUCAUGAGAGCUCCACCCUCAUGACCUAAUCACCUCCAAAAGGCCCCAUUUUGUAAUACCAUCAAUGAAGUUUCAUUAUAUGACUUUGGUGGGGAUAUAGCCCAUAGUAGGUUGUAUGUCCCUGAAAGCCUGAAAUAUUUACUAUUUGGCUCUUUACAGAAAAUAUUUGCUUGGCCCCUGUUGUAGAGCAUUCAUCAAGAAAUGGGAUAAAGGGUUUAAACCAGUCAGAGAAAUUAGGUGGAAUGGAAAAGUUGAACUUACUGAGAGUUCAUAGGGGUCAGAAAAAUAAAAGAGAUGGGAAAUGAUGUAUCAAAAUACUCCUACCUCUAGGAUGUUACUAUAUAUUGUCAGGAGAAUUCAAGUUAUUGAAACUUACCAAAUUCUUGAGUGAAAAUAAAUUCAUUUGAGGGCCAAAAUUUGACUAAGGAAAGAAGACCAACAUGGGCUUUUCAAAGUUGAGUUUGAAUUCUGCCACCCCCACUAAGCAGUCAUGUAAGUUUGAAAAACUCCCUACUCUGAGUCUCAGUUUCUUUAUCUGUAUUAGGUUUCAACAAAGGGAAUAAAUCAUCAGCUUCUCAUAAAGUUGUCAUAAGGAUUAAAUAAGACAAUGCAUAUAAAGGAACUGGCAGACAAUAAAUGUAGAGUCCCCCACUCCUGCUUGGUGCUCUCUUUCUCUCUCCUUCUCUACAUAGAGAAGUGCUGGAGCAUCUGUCAGUAGAAGUUACUUAAGGGUGGCUGUGUCUUCCCCAUCUUUUGUUUACCCAUGAAGAACUGUGACCAUCCUGUUCUCUGGCUUAUCAUAAAGAUGGGACUUGACUUCUUUCUGCUCUUGCUUCCAUCUGGUGCUGUUCUCUACACAGCCUCCUUGAGACCAUCCAGAACCUUCUUUUUUCCUACUUCAUAUCACUUAACCAGUAGCUAUCUGGGAUGGUUCCAGAGGCUGAAGUUUGCAGUUGAGUAACCUUUUAAAUAGUGUUAAGGGACUUGGGAUCUCUGGCCCUUUGCGUUUCAGUAUUUGUCCUUUUUAUGCCUGAUGUUUAACCUGCCACAUGUUUGUACUGCAAUGUGAAUCUUGGAAAUUUUAAUGUUAUGCAUUUCAAUUUUUUUGGUUAUUUGUAACCUAAAUGUGCUCUUAUUGGCUCACUUGUCAAUAAAGAUGUUUUAUAUGUAUUGUCAGAAA